AUGGGUGACGUCCCCAAAGAUGCGCCUUUCCAGGCCGUUCAGGUCGAGGCUCUGGUCAUCAUGAAGAUUGCCAAGCACUGCUCGUCCGCCUUCCCCUCCUCUGCGACCGGAUCCAUCGUCGGCAUGGACCAGGACAACCUCCUGGAGGUCACCAACACCUUCCCCUUCCCCUCCGUCGAUAGCGCCACCACCGAUAGCCACCAGAACGAUGCCUCGUUGCUCGCCUCGGCUGCCCCCCGACAGAAGGCCAACAUCACCUACCAGAACGACAUGAUCCGAAACCUGAAGGAGGUCAACGUCGAUGCCAACAACGUCGGAUGGUACACCAGCGCCACUAUGGGCAACUUCCUCAACAUCAACUUCGUCGAGAACCAGGUCCACUACCAGAAGGAGAACGAGAACACCGUUGCGCUCGUCUACGACGCUAGCAAAAGCUCCCAGGGCAACCUGACACUACGGGCUUUCCGUCUCUCCACCGCCUUCAUGGCUGCCUACAAGGAGGGCAAGUUCACAACCGAGAGCCUGCAAAAGUCGAAGCUCACCUUCAAGGACAUCCUUGUCGAGUACCCCAUCAACGUGCACAACUCUCACCUCCUCACCACCUACCUGCACCAGAUCCCCUCCGCCCCCUCCGGCGAGGACAUCCAGCAGCCCACCUCGUUGACCGACCUCAACCGCGAAUCCGUUAAGCCCCCGCUGUACCCCUCCAUUGACGCCCUUGACGUGGCGAUCGACCCCUUCCUCGAGAAGACCUGCGAUCUCCUGCUCGAGAGCAUCGAGUCACACUACACUGAUCUCAACAACUUCCAGUUCUACCAGCGACAACUGGGCCGAGAGCAGACCAAGAUUACACAAUGGCAGACCAAGCGCAAGGCUGAGAAUGCGCAGCGAGCAGCGGCCAAGCAGACCCCGCUGCCCGAGGACGAGUGGCAGCGACUGUUCAAGCUGCCCCAGGAGCCCAGCCGGCUGGAGGGUAUGCUGAACGCGAAGCAGGUGGAGCAGUACAGCAAACAAGUUGAUGGAUUCACGGCCAACGUCAGUGCCAAGAUGUUCGCCGUAAGGGAGAACCUGUUGCCCAAAUAA